AUGUACUUUGUUGACUCCGGACUGGCAAACGAUAACAUAGCUCGGGACAAAUUGUGGUCGACCCUUGAGGAAUUUGGAAUCUCCAAAAAACUUAUUCAUCUCAUAAAAGAGUAUAAUGUGCAAACAGUGAGCAAAUUUAAGUUUGGCAACGGAACUUCACAGAAUUUCGAGGUUAAAACCGGCCUUAAACAGAGUGAUGCGUUGUUACCAAUACUUUUUAAUUUAGCACUUACGAAGGUAAUCAGGUCAAUGCCGAUGCAACAAGGCAUGGAAAUUUUGUCCAAUAGUACUCAUCUUAUUUAUGCUGAUGAUUCAGUUAUAAUAGGCAAUACGUGACAAGAAAUAGCGACAAGAACUAAUGAUUUUAUUAAAGCAGCGAAUGAUGAUUUAGGAAAACUGUUCAGAUCAAAACUUUUCUCUAGACAAUCAAAGGAAUGCCUAAAAUCAAAUUUCAUACGACUAGUUUUAACAUACGCGUGUGAAAAAUGGCUUGUUUUGAAAGAAGGAUUUACGGACUUAUCUUGGAAAAUGAAGUUUAUAGAAGAAGAAACAAUAGGAAAUUGCAGCCAAUCUACCAAAACCCAAGUAUCAAUGCGUAUCUUAUAAGUAAGCAAAUUGAGUUGGCAGGCCAUGUAUAGAGGUCAAAUGGUAUUUUAAGGGAGGUCCUGGAAAGAAAGAUGAAUAGGAAAAGAUCCAGGGGUUACCCUAGGCAGUGCUGAGCAGACAGGGUCAAUGAUGAUCUAAUCAAGUGCACUCAAGGUGUGACAAUAGCAGACAGCAUUCUAUAAUUCUAUUGAAAGGGUAUUGCUUUUACUAAGAUUACUUCAGUGUUAAGAUAAAAUGUAUUUAUAGACCGGGUAUUACGAGUAGGGGUAAUGGCAGGAGAAACGAUUUAGGAGCUCAGGACAAUCAAUUUUUCCUGUGAACAGCUUAUACGCAAAGUAUAAAUCUAAUCGCAAACGGCGUUGUUCAAGUGCUAUGAGAGAAAGAAACGACAAUAUUGGGGUGUUUGAAGAAUGCGGUUCUCUGGUUAUUGAACAUUUAAAUGAGAGGAACUGAAGAACUUUUGCUGAAUUUUUCAAUUUUAAAUUUAUAACCCGAUUUGUAAGGAGACCAUAUUUUUGAGCCGUGUUCGAAAAUAGAACAUAACAAACAGCAGUAAAUGGACUUUAAAGCUAAUAAAUCAUUAAAAUCAGCACAUUUUCAACGAAUAAAACCAAGGAUUUUGUUUGAUUUGUUUACAAUGUCGUUAAUAUGACAUUUUAAUUUAACUUUUGGAUCAAAAAAAAUACAAAGAUCUUCGGUAGGCCUCAUAGUGCGAUGCAAUUUUUGAUGAUGUGUUACGGUUUGGCAGUUCAAAAACUGAUCUCAAUUAUUUUACAAAUUCUUUAAAACCUGAGUCUUCAACAAUUUUUAACGGUUAGAAAUACUUUUAUAAAAAGUUUUAAAAGUAAUCGAUUUAAUUAUUUUUUACCAUCUAAUGAUAUUUUUUUAGGUAAAUAACUUGAAACUGUUAAUUGUUUAUGUUUACGGACAUUUUAAGCUAGUAUUGAGGCGAGAGCAUUUGAUGAAGACGAUAUGAAACUUUGCGUAGUUACAUUAGACAGUGGUGUAAAUUCUAUUGGUUUUGAUAGUAAUAUUAUGGAAGAACUUAGUGUGACUAGUGCAUGA